UUUUAUCCGCUGUCAAAUAGGUUCAGUUCGAGAAGAAAAUAUUUUAGGUUUGGAGGUUGGGCCAGUAAAAAUGGCUUCAGCUUUACUGAAAAAGGCUAUUCUAACUAAUCCAAAUGUAGUUCGUAAGACGGCUGCAAUAUUUUGCAAUGCUGCACGGAACCAUUGGAAUUAUCAGUACAAACCUGGCCCAUACCCGGUAACCUUGGAACAGCGCGAAGCGGCUGCCAAGAAGUAUGGAUUGAGCAUAGAAGAAUAUCAUCCGUACCCUGAAGAAAUGGGCUAUGGCGACUAUCCAAAGAUGCCUGAUAUCGGCGCUGACUCCAAAGACCCUUUCUAUCCGUACGAUCAACCUGAGCUGAAGAGGAAUUUUAACGAACCUUUGCAUGCCAGAGCUGAAAUUUUUGGUGAAGACCGCUAUGACAUCAGUAUGAGACCACGUUUUCCUGUAUGGUACCAAGCUUUGUGGUUCUUCGGAGUUAUUGGAGGGAGCUUUGCCCUGUACAUGUACCUUGAAGACUUCAAGAUGGGAAGACCAGUGACCAUCAAACAGUACCCAAAAGAUGGACCACACUAUGAAUUCAGUUCAUAAUUAUAUUUGUCAGCUGUGGUUAACUGUUUAGAAAUUGAAAUGGAGAGUUAGCUUGAUUAAAUACAUGUUUUUUUUCUGAAA